AUGAAUCAAAUUCCUGUUUUCGCCGGCUUGGGCUCAGAUGCGCUUUUCUCGGAACGAACUCUCAGGACUGCGGCCGAGGAUGCUAGAACGCCAGAGGGUCAGAUUAUACUACGAGCAUGCCAUGGCAUCUUUGUGAAAGAGAUCACUUCCAUCAUUCACAGUCAGCGCCUACCCUCAGAAAUCAAUCUUAAAGACUUCGUGGAACCGGAUAGUCUCAUAAGACCUCAGACUUGUUAUCAAAGAAAUAGUAUCAUUCAACAUGUAUCUUUGUACACAAUCCAGCUCCUAAGAUAUUUACGAUACUCGAAGGAGAAGCCUGGUUUGCUUCUUGGUGUGGCUGGAUUCUGUGCCGGAUUGUUGCCUUGUGCAGCGGUAGCCACGUCCAGGAAUAUCAUCGAGCUGCUCUCUCGGGGCCAAGACUUCUUCUAUGUAGCUCUGCAUUUGGGCAUCCGGAUCGAAAGCUACAAGCAGACUACGGUGGUCAAAGGAGCCUGCCCACCACACCUGCCCUUUAGUUUAGUCAUUGAAGGGCUUUCGACCUCGCGCGCCCAGGCGCUGCUUACAGAACACAACAGACAGUGCCCUUCCUCUUACGUUUACUUGAGUGCCAUCAACUCUGAUACUUGUGUCACCCUGAGCGGUAGAGGUGAUCAUCUACAACAAUUCAGCCAAAACAGCGUGCUGUCCCAAUGCAAGAUACGGCCAACCAAUAUUUUUUCCUUUUAUCAUGACCGUCAUCAGCUCGAUGGAGUCCGAAAAGAUGUACUCCAAGACCUUCGAAACAACAUACUUUCACUUUCAGCACCGCUUCGUCUUAAUGUCCCGAUAUUUUCCAAUAUUGAUGGGAGGCCGAUUGGUUCGGGCCAGGUCACAACGUUUGAAGAACUCUCUGAGAAGCUUCUUGAGAUGAUGCUGUUAGAGCCGGUGGACUGGGCUGCAGUCGAGGAUAAUAUUCUUGCUGCUAUCAAGCGGUCAGCUUGCCAUGUGGAUGCUUCUUAUGAAAUUUUGAAUUUUGGUCCUGGGUACGGCAUGUCGAGAGGCAGAUAUACCCUCCCGGAUAACGUGACGAUUCUAGCUGCUUCAGCCGCCGAACCACAACCCUCGCCGCAGGAUGCUUCCGGGUUACUGUCACCUGAAGAUAUCGCUAUCGUGGGCAUGGGCGUGGACCUUCCGGGAGCUCCCAAUACCGAUGCGCUUUGGCAAAAUUUGGUCCAAGGCGUCAAUUCUUGCAAUGAGAUUCCGUCUUCAAGGUUCCAUGUGGGAGACUUCUACCAGAAGAAAGAUGGCCGCACUCUAAAAACAAAAUACGGCAACUUCUUAGAAAACCCAUUCAUGUUCGACAACGAAGUAUUCGGAAUCUCCCGUCGAGAAGCCCAUUCCAUGGACCCACAACAACGAGUCAUGCUCCAAACUGCCUACCGAGCACUUGAAGACGCGGGAUAUGUGCCUGAUUCAACCCCAUCAUUCUCCAGGAAGACUUUCGGUUGUUUUAUCGGAAACGCUACAUUGGAUUACACCGACAAUCUGAGGGACGACAUUGAUGUCUACUACAGCCCAGGAACAUUGCGCGCUUUUCAGAGUGGACGGAUAUCGUACGUCUUCAAAUGGAGUGGGCCAUCUAUAACCUUGGAUACGGCUUGUUCUUCAUCCAUGGUAGCCAUUCAUCAAGCAGCACGAGCGAUCCAGGCUGGAGAUUGCCGAUCAGCAUUGGUUGGGGGUGUAAAUGUCAUCACUAGCCCUGACAUGUACCUUGGUCUCGAUCGAGCACAUUUCCUAAGUCCUACUGGCCAGUGCAAGCCUUUUGAUGAUUCAGCAGAUGGUUACUGUCGGUCUGAAGGCUGUGCGGCUUUCGUGAUCAAGAAACUUGGUGAUGCGAUAUCGGAAGGUGACCGGAUACUUGGGGUCAUCCGAGGAACCGAGAUCAAUCAAAGCGGCAAUGCGCAUUCCAUAACGCAUCCCCAUUCACAAACUCAGGAAGAAUUGUUUCAAACCUUAUUGAAGAAGACACAAAUUCAUCCCCACCAGAUUACCGUGGUGGAGACACAUGGAACGGGCACACAAGCUGGGGAUCCAAAUGAGCUUGUCAGUAUUCGCGGUGCAUUCUGCAGCGGUCGAGAUCAAGAGAAUCGUCUCCAUUUUACUUCUAUCAAAGCAAAUAUCGGCCACUGCGAGGCCGCUUCUGGCGGUGCAGCCUUAGCGAAAUUGCUUCUUAUGAUGAGACACGGUAAGAUACCGCCGCAGAUCUCUCUGAAAACACUCAACCACAAGAUCAAAGACCUUGGCACGGACGGAUCUGUCAUUGAUCGUGACGGUGCUGAUUGGCAUCGACCUUCGAAACACCCACGGCUUGCUCUACUUAAUAAUUUUGGUGCAGCUGGCUCCAAUGGUGCCUUGAUUCUGCAGGAAUAUCCCGAUCUCAAACUUCCCUCUCAAGAUGAGGACCACGGCGAGGCUCACAGUUAUAUGCUUGGGAUCUCAGCUAGAAGCAACACAAGCCUCUUGGCCUAUAAAGAUGCUUUAAUCUCUUAUCUGGAGGCUCCUUCAGUCCCGAUCUCUCUUCGUGACUUUACUUAUACCAGCACAGCUCGCCGCCAGAUCUUUGAUUACCGAAUCUCUGUUACCGGUUCUACCACGCAACAAAUAGUCGACAACUUGAGAAGUGCAGAUGUUUGUAAUAUUCGCGAGUCGGCAGAUCCACAACCACGUGCUGUGUUCGCAUUCUCUGGUCAAGGAUCACAGUACCUCGGCAUGGGCCGAGAGCUUUUGACUGCCUAUCCCGAAUUUGAGAAAGUGGUUCUCGACUGCGAACGAUGGUUAUUGAGCAAUGGAUGUCCGGGAUGUCUCAAUAUAAUCGCAUGCAAAGACGACCAAGAACGGGAAUCUCCCUCAUCUCCCCUCCUACAGCAGUCUCUCCAAACAGCAAUCUUUGUCUUGGAGGUAGCGAUAGCCCGCCUUCUAUACUCUCUUGGUGUCAUGCCAACUAUUGUGCUGGGCCACAGCCUGGGAGAGUACGCUGCCCUCGUCAUCGCUGGUGUAAUUGAUUUACAAGGCGGCCUGAAACUGGUAGCACACCGAGCAAAGCUCAUGAUGGAGCUGUGUCAACUUGGAAAAACGUCAAUGCUCGCGGUUAACCUCAGUGCAGAGACCACGAGGCGACACAUUGACAAUAGCCCACAGUUCGACAAUUUGUCUAUAUCUUGUGAUAACAGUCCAUCUGACUGUGUUGUGGGGGGUCCAGUCGGUCAGCUCCAAUCUUUGAAAGCAGAGCUAAGUGCGACAAAGACGCGGUCAAAGAUUCUCGAUGUUCCAAUGGCCUAUCACACAAACGCAAUGGACCCCAUAUUGGAACAAUUGACAGAAGUCGCUGAGACACUCGAAAUCUCGAGUCCGACAAUCCCUGUUCUAUCCAACGUAUUUGGCCGCAUCAUUCAACCUGGCGAAAGAGCUUUCACUUGCAAGUACUUUGCUAUGCAUUGUCGACAGACUGUUGCUUUCAAUGCAGGAAUUGAUGAACUCUCGCGAAAUGGAACCGAGGCUGGAAUCUGCCGAUGGAUAGAAAUCGGGCCUCAUCCGUCUUUGCUACCAAUGGUCAGCACUAGAUUGAAUAGAGACACUACAGAUCUUUUGCCCUCGUUACGAAAGGGAACCUCGGCCUCUGCUGCGAUUGCUGGACUCCUAUGCAAUCUUUACCAGAAUACUACCGCAUUGGACUGGCGAAAAGCUUUCAACAAGCGAGCAACCUUAACCACCCUUCCAAAUAUGCCAUUCUCAGAGCAAGAAUUUGGUGUUCACUAUCCACAUGAGGGUGCUCGGAAAGACUCAGGAGCGCGUGACCUGAAUACUGACUCUGAAACUUCGUAUCAUUUCCUGUCUAGGAUUGUUCAACGUCCAUCGGAGACGAACAACGAAGCCAUCUUUGAGACGCCUAUUACGGUCUUCAAGGAAUAUAUUCUCGGUCACCAAGUAUGUGAGCACGCUCUCUGUCCUGCAUCAGUAUACCACGAGAUUGUCCUAGCUGCUUCCAAGUGGACACAGCUCGACAGAGAUGAAGAGGUUAUCAGGAAACUUUCUAAUGUGCUGUAUACGGCACCUCUAUUGUAUUCGGACGACUCUUCUGCAAUCUUGAGGGUUUCCAUCAAGCCAAACGGUGACCACAAAACAGACUAUUCUUUCACAGUAGCCUCAUACAAUGCAGGCUCAGACCCACAGCAACAAGUGGUUCACUGUCAAGGGCAGCUGAAGAUACAGUCUACUGCUCAUGCUCAGAAGUAUGCAAAGCUAGUGCCGCUCAUGGAACGGCAAAGGGAACGUUUUCUGCGCAACGACCAAUCAAGCACGCAGGUGUUUCUCCGAAAAGCCAUGUAUGAAAAGGUUUUCACGCGGGUUGUCGGAUAUUCUGAACUAUUUCGGAAGGUCCAGUCUAUACGCAUCGACCAAGAUGAAGCACUCGCAGUUUGUCGUUUCCCCAGUUCGCAAGGAGAGCCAUCAGGGGCGAACACGGUUCUGAUGGACGUUCUCCUUCAUGUUGCUGGUUUCGUCGCUAAUCUCAAUAUCGAGAAUGAAGAUGUCUGCAUUUGCAAGGAGGUCAAAUCUGCAACCAUGAUUCGAGGGUUCCCUUUCUCAGAUACGACGUUCGAGGUCUAUUGCAGCAAUGUUGAAAUCGUUGCCAGCAACGUGGUCAUAGCAGAUGCAUAUGCUGUCGAUUCACAAGGCGUCAUUGCUGUCUUUAAGGGCAUGGCCUUUCAGAGAGUGAAACUGACAAGAAUGGCUCAAGCUCUCCGAUUGACGGCUGCGAGAUCUGGUCCUUCGCAUCAGAAUGUCCCAAUAGAGAGGACCAAAUUGGUGGCUCCAAGAGCUUCGGCGCCGGUCUCAAAGCCUAUUGACAUGCCUGUUGACAAGCAACCAGUCAUAAGAGAGAUUAUCGCCAGAACCUGCAAUCUAGAAGCAUCAAACCUAUCCAGAGACACCAGUCUUAACGCCAUCGGUUUUGACUCGCUCAUGAUCAUUGAACUUUCUUCCAAUUUGUCUUCAAAGCUUCAAAUCUCAAUCGACCUAUCAGCUCUGGAGGAAUGUGAAACCGUUGAGGACAUCGAGCAGCUGUGCAGCGAUGGGAGCCAAUCAGGAUCCACACCUACCUCAGAAGCAGAGACUGUGGACUCUGUCACUAUGCCAACAACUCCGCCAACCCCUGCAGAUAAGCUACACGUUGCUUCCAUAAUUGCCGAAACAUGUGGUGCCCAUAUCACCUCAGUCAAGUCAGAUGUAGAGCUCGAGGCUCUUGGUAUUGAUUCGCUGAUGAUGAUCGAGCUGGAGGCUCGUCUGCAAAUUCCAUCGAGCACCAAGAAACUAUCAUCUCUAGAACUGUCAGAAUGCAGAACAGUGAGAGAUAUUGAGAAACUAGUUUUUCCAGAUGAAGUAAAGCCAGAUCAACUUGAAGUUAGAAUAUCUUCUCAUUUAUCUUCCCAAAAUUGUGGUGAAAGACUGUCUCCAGUACCACAAGCUGAAGACAACAAAGUAUCGACCUCCACGAACAUCAAGAUUGCGGCUAUGCUCAGGCUACAAGAGCAACCUGAAAUCGUGCAUGUCGCUGACGACAAAGCCCCUGAAAGCGCCCCACUCUUCCUCAUACAUGACGGCAGCGGCAUCUGUGUUCAAUAUCACCGGCUGAGACCCUUCAAUCGCACAAUUUAUGCGAUCCACGACCCUAAAUUUCUGGAUCCGGAUUCUUGGUCAGGGAUUCCUGCUAUGGCACAGUCCUACGCACGGCUUAUUGCAAAGACAACUUCCGGCCCUUAUAUCAUUGGUGGCUGGUCGUUUGGAGGUGUUGUUGCAUUCGAGGCUGCUAGAGUGCUGAUGGCAGGGGGCCAUACUGUCGCCGGUGUAAUUCUCAUCGAUUCUCCGCCGCCACUCGAUCACCAGCCGCUCUCCGCGAAGAUCAUCGACGCGGUUACAAGGACUGAGAGAAAUAAAGGUGGUUUGACUGGUGAAAUGAUUCGCAGCCUCGUGAGAAAAAGCUUCACAGCCUGUGCGGGUAUGCUUGGGGCUUUUAAUCCAGAGGCUUUGACAAGUACCAGUCGACCAAUUCCACAGACUUAUUUACUCCGAUCAAGGGAUGGCUUUCAGCUAAGAGACAGCAAUGAUAGCCAGGGAGUUGAGAACGCUUGGUUGCAGGAUCGAUCUGAACCCAGAACUUCUAUUGAGGGAUGGGAGAUUCUUACAAAGACAAAGAUGCCUUACAUGGACAUACCAGGCGACCAUUUCCAGGUCUUUGACGCUGCAAAUAUCCAAACUGUAUCAAAAGCCAUUGCUUAUGCAUGCAGCGAAUUAACAGAAGUGCCUCGAAGUUGA